AUUUAUAUAUUAUGUGAUAUAAACAUCCUAACUUUUCUUACGUCCUAUCGUUGCCCGCCACGUUACAAUUAAAUGUCGUGUGUUCGCGCCGUCAAAACAACGAGGACAUCGCACACGUGGAUCGAGCGAUAAAGCGGCUUAGUUGCAUGAUAUUAUAUCCGUGAAGAUAAAAAAAAAUAUAAUGCCCAUUAACAAGCAUUCCAAGCUACUUUUCUGCGCGGCCGGUAUAUUUGUGUGUUAUUUCUAUUUCGGCAUGUUGCAAGAAAAAAUCACGCGCGGGCAAUACGGCGACAAAGAGAACCGAGAGAAAUUUACAUAUAUGUUUGCAUUGGUUUUCGUCCAAUGCCUGGUGAACUAUGUAUUCGCUAAAUUUAUUCUACUGACAGUGAUGAGACAGGGCGAGGAUGAUACAUCAACAUUGUACUAUGUCCUGUCAGCUCUGACAUAUCUACUUGCUAUGGUUUGCAGUAAUAUGGCAUUGCGAUUUGUCAGUUAUCCAACGCAGGUGAUCGGCAAAGCUGGCAAGCCUAUACCUGUGAUGAUACUCGGUGUCCUGUUAGGGAGAAGAAUAUAUCCAGUUAGGAAAUACUUAUUUAUUUUUUUGAUUGUCAUUGGAGUUGCGUUAUUUAUGUAUAAAGAUGGCACUGUCUCUAAGAAGCAGUCAGAAUCAUACCUGUCAGGAGAAUUAUUUGGAGAAUUAUUGUUGCUACUAUCGCUAACAAUGGAUGGAAUAACAAGUGCAAUACAGGAGCGAAUGAGAGCGGAAUAUAAGUCAAAAUCGGGUCAUAUGAUGCUUAACAUGAACCUUUGGUCUGUUAUUUUUAGUGGCAUAGUUAUUGUUAUUUCUGGAGAGCUCUUUGAUUUCAUUCAUUUUCUGCAACGAUAUCCCUUUACUAUAUGGCAUAUAAUGACAUUUUCUCUAGCUGGUGCAUUUGGACAAUAUUUCAUAUUUCUGACAGUGGUUGACUUUGGUCCGUUACCGUGUUCGAUUAUAACCACUACUAGGAAAUUUUUCACCGUGUUAGGUUCUAUAUUAAUUUUUGGCAAUAAUCUUUCGCCUAGACAAUGGUUAAGUACAUUUAUAGUAUUCUCGGGUUUAUUUUUGGAUGCUAUGUAUGGUAGAUAAGAAAAGUACUCUGCAAGAUAAAUUGUGAUAAUUAUUUCAA